GUAAACGAGAGAAAUGCAUUUUAAAAUUACAUUUAUAGCUAUUCCAGAGUUCUACACAUAUUGGUCAUUCCUCCAAAAGAAAUGUGCACCGUUACUUCCCUACACGUGGAGACACCAGAAUGUCCUUUGGCAUACGCUAUUUGCAAGUGGUUGGCAUUCAUAACAUAUUUGUAUUUGACGUACUGUGCGCUUGCCUCUAAUCCUUGCUACCGGUUGUACAAGCCGCAACAUUAUUGCUUCGAUAAAUAUUAUUGUUAAAGAAUUUCGGAAUCCCUCCAAGAUUUUAUUCCUAAUUGAUACAUAUAUAGAAGCUUACACGGGAUUUUUCUUAUACCAAGAAAUUAUUGAGUAGGUUACAAUUUUUGUUUUCAUAUAUAGGUAAGAUAGAUAUUUGAAUGAAAAUCGCCUGAUCGCAUAGGUAAAUAUUAUAAUAAAUAAUGGUGAAAAUGCCAUGAUAAUUCUACAUGGUACUUAGAGGACGAAAUCAUAUGAUGGAUAUUAAUAUCAAUGCAGCAUGACAUGCUAUUUGUCGUCCCCGGGUCAAUUAGAAUCGCAUUUAGUACCCUCUAUUCACGAAGGCUCCCCAGUGGCGCAUCCAGAACAGCACACCUGCUUCGCCUAACAGAAUUACGCUAAAUUAAUUAUGCCCUAAGAACAUGGAAAUAACCGCUUUACAAGAGCCUAUAAAAAAGUCCGUCUAAUCGCUCACUAUCCAACCAAAACCGCAAGCAACACCUUUAUUCUCACUUACGCACACGUAAACGAUUGAAUAUCUAUCUUUGCCUGGGAAACUUAUUUGUUUUACAGUACAUCCAAACAUCCACUCUCAGACUAUUGUCCAUAUGACUUGAGGUGCUUUCAAUAAUGUUUUAUCUCAGCGCUUAUAGUAAGGCCAUUUAGCCUUGUGGUUUCUGUUCUGCUAUUUUAGUUCUGUUGUUGGCGAGGGCUAAUCCCCUCAUUUCGGUUGAAGUCGUAGUCGAAAACAAGAGUAUAUCUGUCUAGGAGGCUAAGGCUCGUUCACAAGAAGUUAACAAUGUCUCGAUGGACGAAAGUGUCUUCGCUUGUCAAAUCUGGAAAGAUAAUUGAGCAGGUACCGGAGAGUCACGUGAUCACUCCAUUCAGGGACGAUGUCAUUGAAUCGAGAUUGAGGCUGAGGUAUAGCGCAACCUGUGACACAUACUACCGUGACUGGGAUGACGUCAUCAACCUCUCUUCCAAAAACGUGUACCCCGGAUGGGAGCGUGGAGUCUUUAGCUUUGAUUCGGUCAACAGGAUAGUCGAUGAAAAGAGCGAACAGGUUUAUUUCGACAGAACUCCUGGCAGCGCCACGGGCUCCAUCUCUUGGAAAUUUGACUUUAGCAAGUGUGGGCUGCUUGUAGAUGAGGUCACGGUGAAGGUGUGCUGUGAUGAAGGGUAUGGCGGGGAGAUCACCACCACGCUCUCAGGCGACGCUACAGCCAAGCGAAUCACAUACCUUAAAGGUGGCGAACAAGAGUCGUUUAAUCAGCUCCGCGACUCGUCCACAGUCACACUCACUAUACACUUUAUCGGCGAGCAAGGCCAGGUGACUAAGCUCUUCCCGCAGAGGAUCAUGGGAGGCAUGGGCUAUCCUCUGGACAUUCAGUUCAGGUUGAAGACCCCAGCAUCUUCGCUCGGUAAGCCCCGCCUGUUGAUUGGUCUGAUGUUCAGCAAUGUUCAGGAGAUUCAGGUGGACUCGCGACAUUACAAGGAGACUGGUUCUACCAGGGGGCGUGGCAUCCUACAUAUCCACGUGCACCAGGCACGUGACCUUUACUCGGCCAAUGGCAGAAAACUUGAGACAGCAACUAAAUGUUUCCUUGUUCCCGGCUGCAAGAAGGGGAAAUGCAGGACUCGGAAUAGAAAGGGGAAGGACCCGUUCUGGAACGAGGAAUUCCUCAUCGUUGGGGUUGACUUUCUGCAAUUACGUCGACAAGCUCUCGAGUUAUGUAUUGUCGACAAAAGCAACAAAAAGCGGUUUAUUGGUGGUCUUAGGCUCAGUCUUGGCUACGAAAACGUCACUUCCGAGCAGGCCAAGAGGGCGGCAAGUGUGCUAAAGGCAUUUCAGUUUAAAACUAAAACUGCUAAUCAAGAUAACGACAAAGAGAAGGACAAAAAGAGUGCUUCACCAAACGGUAAGCCUGUGCUUGGUGUCAACGGAAGUGCCAAGGGGCCUGUGCCCGAGGAAGGCCAAUUUGUAGCGCGUCCAGCGCUCAUGCGGCAAGCUGUGGCAAGCAUUGAUGAAUUGCGCGCGUUAGACACUCAGUCGUUGCGGUUUAGAUGUGGAAGCGUAGACCCGGGUAUUCCUAACGGUAGCCUCAGUCAAUCUACCGUCACGGUCCAUAGCCAUCAAAGGAAUAAUAACCGGCAAACGGGCAAAAACUCGGCCAAUCUCGAGAGCAGCUGGGCUUAUCUCGGAACCAGCUCGGCCCAAGUCGGGAAUAUUAGCGCGCAGCUACGCAAGAGUACACAGGACAUCAUCGAAGAAAGGCGCCGAGAUCUUCAACUGAUGAGAGAGACCUGGUUCACAUCUGGGCUCAAUAGUGACAUCAAUUGUCCCCAGUCCCCAAUCUCGUCACCGCUUGGAGGAUCCGCUGAGCAGAUAUCGGAAUGUGAUGGGGCGGAGAAUAAUGAGGGUACCGCUGACUCCGCGAUGAGCGCGGUAGAUGACGCGAACAAUAACCAAGCCCAGCCCGCCACUGGGGAGGAACAAAGUCGGCGCUCUUCCAGCACGUGUCUGGGCAUCACCCAGAGAUGGAGCGCGCGCUCGCAGAGGAGACACUCGGAGGAUGGGGCGGAGGACGAGGCGGAGAGGGAACUGGUGAAGAGAAUGAUCCUUGACGCUGUCGGCUUGGAGAUCAACCAAUGGGAGAACGUGGUAAAUAAACCCAGACGCUGGCACUACUGCUGGCAGAUUCUACGCAAGGACAUGAUUCCAGUACAUCAGGAUACCGUCUAUAAAAAGAAAUCUUGAACACGCUAUUUAGAGGUCUGAAAACACAGUUGUCCCACGUACGGCGCUCCGUAAGACAUAAGCCCUAGACAGAGAUCUAGGGAUUUCCAUCUUUAACCAAAAAUAUAUAAUACGCCGUUUCAGACCUUUGUUAAGUAGCGCUUUAUCUCCGAAUAUAUAACAGAAGCUCUCCGAGCCAAGCACCUACGAAAUCAGAAUGGUCUUCGAGCAUAAAAAACAACCGAAUGGUCGUCUAACAUAUAAGGCAACCGAAUGGUCUCCGUGGAUAUAAGGCAACCGAAUGGUCUCCGAGCAUUUAGACUUUAUUACAUCAUAUAAGACUUGUUUGAAUCAAACUAAAGAAAUAACUGAGUAGUGCUAAUAACAUACAAAUAAAAAUAAUUUUGACGGUAAUAUUGUCCAGCACACCCCCCACCAAAACUGCGAGACCGAGCAGUUUUAGUUGGAAAAAAUUGCGCGAGCAUGCGAGCAAUAGCCGAAAACUGCGAGCACAUCGAAAUUUCGGGGGACCAUUCGGGGGCCCUACCUGUCUUGUCUGCGUGUUGCAUAAAACGGGAGCCGUUUUAUCGACGUUACAUUUUUAUCACCAUUGUGAUAAUUGUUAUUUUCUGUUUAAUUUUGUAUUAUUAUAUUUAUGUAGUUUCUUCAGCAUUAUGCUAAUGUGCGCUUUAGUCUUUCCGCUGGAUCGGGAAGUUUGCACUUUUGUUAUAAUUAAAACUGAUAUUACCAGCUUCGCCAAUAGAUAGCGUUUGUAUCUGUUAGGCCUGUCUCAGUCACAGCUGCGCAAGGCAUAAUGGGAGAUUUAUUUCAAAUUCUUGAUCAUUACCAUGAUGCUUUGCGCAGAGCAUUGUCCUACUGACUAGAGGCGCCUGGGAACGAGGCGGGCUACAGGCCUUGAUGAUAAAUAAAAAUAAAAGAAAUAAAGCAUAACUAAUCAUA